CGAAAAAAAAAAACAACACAGGAAGUGAGCGAGCACCGAACUACCUAGGGAGGGGAGGCAAAGUGGAAUGAAGAGGAAAGCGCCUUGACACAUCUCAAAUCGAAUCAUACUGAACACAAAGAAAGAUGGCGGGUAAUUGUACACUGUUUAUAGAAGACCAACACUACUGCAAAAUUAUCGCCAUUGUCAAGCAGACGGUUGCUUCUUUUUCUUUGGUUGCCAGCCUCUUCAUAAUAUUUGUUAUAUGGCUUUUCAGAAAGUACAAGUAUUUUGUGCAGAGACUUAUUUUGGCUCUUACUUCUGCUGCUUGUCUCGACAGUAUAAGCUAUCUACUGACAGGUGUUCCUCCAGAUGACAACACUUUAUGUGACUUUCAGGCCUGGCUUCUUUCGUUUACAAGUUUCUCUGUCCUUCUGUGGGUUUGCUGCAUCACCUUUAACUUAUACUGGAAUGCUAUAAAAGAAGUCAAAACAGAUAAAUUUGAAAAAUAUUAUCACCUUGUCUCAUGGGGAAUCCCCUUUGUAGUGGCCUGCUUACCUCUGAUCAAUGACCAUUAUGGACCUGCAGGGGCCUGGUGUUGGAUUUCAAAACAAAGUGACAACAGCGUAGCAUGGAGAUUUGCCACAUAUUAUAUUCCUGUGUAUCUCUGUAUCAUUGGACUUUUUGUUGUUUAUUCUUACAUCUUCAUAACAAUUAGGAGACAGAUAAAACGUUGGGAGGGUACAUACAAUGCUGAAGCUGACAGAAGCAAAGAGCUGAUGAAACAGGACAUUAGGCCACUGAUGUGGUACCCUGUAGUUUAUCUUUUGACAACAAUAUGUCCUCUCAUAGACAGAAUUCAGAAUGCAGCAAGCCCCCAACCCAAUUUCAUAUUGCUGCUGCUUCAAGUACUGUCUAGUCCCCUGGUUGGAAUGUUAAAUGCAAUUGUCUUUGGUAUGGAUAAGGAAACAUUGAGCAGGCUGAACUGCAUCCAAAUGAAGGUUGCUUUGAUACAACACACAGCAGCUAAGAAGCCUCUUGUUCGGGAGUAUCCUGUUGGAGAAACAAAUGAAGUCAGACCCAAUGAUGAUUCAUCCUGGUCCUCAGCUACAUCAACAGAAUCCCCAUAUCCACCCUCUCCCACACCAGUUGCUGCACCACCUCCUCCCUUAGAUGAGCAGGUAGCAACCUAAGAUGAAACAGGCUGCUGCUGUGUAAUGUAAUGUUCUAUACUAAAAUGGCCUGCUUUGUUGUAAAAUUUAAUUUUGGAAAUCACGGUAGAAUAAGUAUUUCAGACAUGUGCAACUCAACACCUUGAAUUAUGUAAGUACACCAGUCAGCAUUUCAAGUGUUCGUUUUUGACAACGUUUGUUUGAGUAUUUUUCUCUAUGUACUGUGGAAGGACCACAAACACAACAUUUGGCCUUUGCUGAUUUUGACCACAAACCUACCUUUUAAUUGAAAGUUAAGAAUUAUUGCCCCUGGUAAAAGUUUCCCAUCUACCGAUCUUCGUUACCUGCCUUUCAGUUGAUAACUAUCAUCGUUUGACUUCUCGAACAGUCCAUGUUCUGUUGUUUCCGUUGUGUUUUUCACUGGGGAGAUUAACGUGGUAUAUGUUUUGUGAGUGAAUAGAUCCUUCCAUGUAAAUCGGUUCACUGUAAACAUAGCAAGAAAUGUAAAUACAAGCUAUAUUAAGGUUGUAAUAAUUAUAAUAUAUUGCCACUAGCACAACAGGAAUAAUUCAAGCAUACUGUCCUAUUCACUGAACAAACUCUUCCACGUUCCUAUCAAAUUUGAUCCGCCCUACAACCCCUCCUAGCUUGCAAAAUAACUGUCAUCCACGUGCUAUUUUUGUUCUUUAAUAAAACCGUGAAACGUG